AUGAAGGGCUCCUCCGGUAAUUCAAAUAAUACAUCACGACAGCUUAAUUGUGCCCAUCAGACUAGCCGCCGAGAAGUUGUAUUACAUGCUAGCCUUGCCGACAUAUCUUCGCGAAUUGACUCUAAACAGCGUCUCCUGGCGGAGCUUCAAUCUCGAACUGUUCAGCUAGACAGGUUACGUCAACAUUACCAGCGUCAAUUGGAGGUAUUACAGGCGAAAAUUCGCGAAACCGAGGCAGAGCGCGAUUCAGUGAUGGCUAAUUUAGACCGUGUUGAGCACUCAGAGCACGAAAAGCUGAAGCGAAUCCGUUCUGACUACGAAAAGCGAUUACAGUCGAUGCAGGUAUCAAGACUAAUCAUUAAAAAUUAUUGA